AUGGGGGUGAGAUUUGUGAGACAAGAUUACAUGAUCCAUGUUCAGAUAAAAGAAAGUAGAUUAGGCCAGAUUGGAUACAAUCUAUACGAUCCUUGGAAGAAAUUGGAAGAUUUUGAUUACGAUCAAAAAACUGAGAAAUAUUUUAUAAAAAAUUUGAAUGGUUCAAAAACUUUGACAAUGGGAAUUGACUACGGACAUCCGGAAGUCAUGAAUUUCGACGAUUUGAUUGCACCUGAAGGCUUUGUUGUUACUGGUGUCAGAUUUAGAUUUGCUAGAGAUUCGCUUGAUUUACCAGGAUUGAAAUCAAACCCAGUUGAAUUGCAAAUACGCGUAUCGCCGUUUGAUUAUAUGGAGAAAAAAAUAAUUAAUCAUGAUCAAACUCAUUGGAUGUCUCCGGAGCAAAAACAUGAAAGAGAUGAAUUGAUUUUGAACGACCCGGAUAUUCCGACUAAGUCAUCAGAAAAUUUGAUUGAUUCCUCAGAAGGUCAGUUUAUUAGAUUCCGAGCUUCUGACUUGAGAAAAGAUGCCGGACAAUCGACAGUACCAUUUUUUGAUGCAAUCGAGGCUGAAGGUUAUCCGGGAUUCCCUCUGGGAGGUAUCGGAAUUAUUCAUCGAGGACGUAAAGGAUUUGGUGGAUAUUUGGCAUUCAAGAUUUUAGAUCUAGACCUUUCUCAUUACUUUAAAGACGAUUUCUUUCGCUGA